UUUGCGUAAAAUUGCUGUUUGCGCGAGAGUUGGAUCUACCUCUUCAUUGGGCUGUGACACAGGAAGUAGUCCAUUUGAGAUUAAAAUGACAUCAUUCAAAUCCAGGUUGAAGGAACUGGAUGUUAUGCUGGAUGAGGAUAUCAUAUGUCUCAAGGAGCUCAGGAAAUACUGUUUUCAAGGCAUUCCUGUGGAGCAGGGUCGGCGUGCGCUCUGCUGGAAGCUGCUACUCAACUACCUACCGCCGAGCCGCGCCGCCUGGGACGAGGCGCUCCGCGGACAGCGUGACACUUACCGGCGCUUUGUCCGUGAGAUGGUGGUGCGGCCGGGCGGGCGAGCGGACGGCAGCGUACCGUCGCGCGUUGACGUCACGGAGCGUGACCAUCCGCUCAGCCUCGACCCCGACUCACAGUGGCAGGCCUUCUUCAAGGACAACGACGUGCUCGGACAGAUCGACAAGGACGUCAGGCGACUGUGCCCGGACAUCUCUUUCUUCCAGCAGCCGACCGAGUACCCCUGCCGGGAGGUGGUCUGCGGCGACUACCACGAACGGCUGCACGAGCGCGUCGACCGUGUCUACCUCAGCUCGUCUAACGUGCGCCGCGUCGGGCUGGGCAUGAACAAAAUGGUGGACUCGAAGCUGCGCCCGUCGGACAUGGACUACGUGCCGCUGCCGCUGGGUCAGGAGGCCCACUGGGAGGUGGUGGAGCGCGUGCUCUUCCUGUAUGCGAAGCUCAACCCCGGCCAGAGCUACGUGCAGGGCAUGAACGAGAUUAUCGGCCCCAUCUACUACACGUUCGCCUCGGAUCCCGACACGAAGUGGAGAGAGCACGCCGAGGCAGACACGUUCGGCGUGUUCACCAACCUGAUGUCGGAGAUCCGCGACUUUUUCAUCAAGACGCUGGACGACUCGGAGUCUGGCAUCAACUACCGGCUGCGGCUGCUGAUGGAGCGGCUGCAGCAGCACGACCCGCACCUGGCCGUCCGGCUGCGCGUGCAGGAGCUGCGACCCCAGUACUUCGCCUUCCGGUGGAUGACAUUACUCCUGUCGCAAGAGUUCACGUUGCCAGACGUCAUCCGCAUCUGGGACUCGCUCUUCGCCGACGAGAAGCGGUUCAACUUCCUCACAGAAGUCUGCUGCGCCAUGAUGGUCCUGAUACGGGACCAGCUGAUGUCGGGCGACUUCGCGCACAACAUGAAGCUGCUGCAGAGCUACCCUCCCGUCGAGAUCCGCACUGUGCUGGCGCGGGCCGAGACGCUCAUGCACAGGUAA